CGUCAAAAAUCAUUCUAAACGAGUUUUGAGCAUUGUCCAAGAAAAUCAAAACAAACAAUUUUAAAUUACUGCAAUGGCGAAAAUUCGUGAUGCAGCAUCGGCAUUUAAAACAUUAAACGGUUUAGUAUGUGUUUAUAAACCUUCAUGCAUAUCAAUUCCUGCAUUACAACAUAGAAUUGUUUCUAAUUUAUGUAGAGAUUUAAACGCGCUACCGGAUAGACCCAGAGAACAACGUGUAGAGAUUGUAGGCGCUACUAAUGAACCCAUGAAUGUCAAAAUUGUUCCAAAUUAUGCUGACGAUCCUUUAGUUUGCGGACCGAGAUACAUAAAAGAAGAUUUUAGAUGCAGUUGGGCAACAUACUUGGGUUUAUUCAGUAGCGGUGUUCUAUUAUUAGGCAUAAAUGAUGGAACAAAGUUAACCUACCACAUAAAUAUUGGAAGACCUACAAGAGCAUUCAAAGUUCACGGACAGCUGGGUAAAGCUACAGAUACAUACUUCUGGAACGGUAAAACUGUGGAGCGUAGCACUUAUAACCAUGUGACACGGGUGAAAAUUGAUAAAGUUGUAGCCCAUAUGCAAGCUGCCCAUCAGAAAACUAUGUUUGAAUUAUCAGGUCUUCACAUGGAAUCGCAAACCACAUACGAGUUAGCUUCACAAGGAUUAAUAAGACCAGCCAAUAGCAAACUACCAGUACUCUAUGGAAUCAAGUGUGUAUAUUUUGAGCCUCCCAACUUCACACUGGAAAUUCAAUCUGUCAAUGAGUACGAUAAAUACCUCUGGACUAUAAUACAUGACCUUGGUGUUCAAUUAAAGACCUCAGCCUACUGUACAGGGGUACAAUGUAUUCGACAUGGCAAGUUCAACCUAGAAGAUGCAUUAUUAAGGAAACAUUGGAAGUUGGAACACAUAAUACAGAACAUGAGAGAUUGCCAGCAGAUUCUUGAUGCAAAUGAACAGAUGGUCAAGCAGAAGUCGGCACAUCUUAUGUAGUAAUAGUAUAGUUGUUAAUGUAUGUAAUGUAAUGUAACGUAUAUAAACAUUAGAUUUGUUAUGUAAAUAAAAUUGUUG